AUGAUCAAGAAGUAUCAGAAUGAGAUGCAGCGCCUGAAUGUGCUACUUCGGGAAGAAGCCAUCCAACAGUACGAUGAUUACAACCAGACCUAUCGAUAUCGAAAUCACAUAGUAACCGGUUUACGACGAAUACUGGCGCAGGCUCGUACGCAAUACCUAGUACCGGUGGGAUCAACUGCUUCGGGACUUGCCGGCGGUGCUUCCGAUAUUGAUUUGGUCUACAUAUCCACAACGGAUGAGAAACAGCGCGAACGACUGUUACGGCUGCUUACCAAAGAAAGUUUUAGGCGAACAUUCAUGGCCGAAGUGAAAAAUCGAAUCGAGAACUCGAAUUUGUGUGAGGAGUUUGAUUGGACUCAAACUGAGAUCAUUCAUGCAGCUCGAGUGCCGAUACUGCACCUACAAACACGUAAUCAUAUGCAAGUUGAUAUUCAGUUCGAGAAAUAUGCAUCAAUUAGGAAUACUCAUUAUGUCCGUCACUGUGUCCAGCAGGAUGCGCGGGUUGCUUUACUCAAUAUGUGGGCGCAAAAAUGGUUGGAAUCAAAAAAGCUUAAGGAUAGCAAACACGGUUUAUUCUCGACUUAUCACGUGCUCAUGCUGGUACUGCACUUUUUGCAGGAUUUUUCUUUUCAUUAUAGCGCGGUGCAUUACAUAUGUUUUUUUCAGUGCACGGGUUCUUAUGGUAUUCAACCAGUUCUUCCUGUAGUAUUCAAAAAAUUCAAAGAGAGCCUGCGGCCUUCGCUUCCAAUUCAACAAAUAGCUUUAGCACUAUCUGGAAAGCCUGUACGUGCAUUUUAA